GACAACAUGUCUCUUGCUAAGGUUCUCCUUCAUCCCUCUCCAAUGGAGGAGAAGAGGGAACACAAGACAAAGAGUGUGGUGCAGAGCCCCAAUUCCUACUUCAUGAGUGUGAAAUGCCCAAGAUACUAUAAAAUCACUGCCAUCUUUAUCCAUGAGCAAAAGGUAGUUUUGUGUGUUGGCUGCUCCACUGUCUGUCAGCUUACAGGAGAAAAAGCAAAGCUUAAAGAAGGAUGCUCCUUCAGAACAAAGCAGGACUAA